CAGUCUAAUCGAGCGUGACCCGAUACAGCAAUCCCAUGUUCACCAUCGCCUCUUUAUGAGCACCCGUCUGUUAUACCCGCUCGACAUCGAUCUUCGCCACGGUCCGUAUCGUUGCAACCAAGCUCGAUCCUCCCGCCCUCUGCGUCCCUAAGAUACCUCUACUUCCGCCAUCGAUUAUACCUCUAGCCAUUGCAUCCUCCCGUUUGCAACAUGGACACCAACGGGGCCGCCGGUGCCGGCGCCGACCCCGUCAUCCCGAGGAUUCACGAAGCACUCAACAUUGUCCACAGCCCCUACUCUCCCAACCAGGCGCGACAGGAAGCUCAGGCAUUUCUGGAAGAAGUCAAGACCCGCGGUGACGCGCCCUCGCACGGUUUCAGCCUUGCUUCCGGUGGCUCACAAGAACCCGUCGUUCGCCACUACGGCCUGUCUCUUCUCGAGUAUGCGGUCAAGCACAAAUGGUCCGAAUAUGACACCAACCAACGCGAGUUUCUCCGCGGUUGGAUCUUGCAACUGGCACAGGGUGUCGCAAAACCAGAUCCGCCCUUUCUCAGAACAAAGAUUGCCCAGCUCUGGGUCGAGAUAGCUAAGCGCUGUUGGGGUGCGGAUUGGAUGGAUAUGGACGAGUUGCUGAACCGCCUAUGGCAGGUUCCGAACUCGCCCGUACACAAGGAGUUCGUGCUCCUAAUCCUCGAAAUCUUGUCCGAGGAAAUUUUCAACGGAGAAGACGCCAUCGUCGCCCAUAGAGAGGGAGCACUGAGCAAGGGAUGCGUUGAGAUCUUCACACCUUCUGCCGUGCUCAGCGAAGCCUUCCCAACCCGUCAACACGAACCCCAGGUGCGAUUCGGUGACGACGGAUGGAUCAGUAGAGUAACAGAACUCGUCCGAGACUGUUUGAACGAGAACCUCGACAGUAAUGAGGACGUCCGGGCCUGUGUCGUCAAAGCUUUGGCUGUUCUCAACUCCGUGAUGCCGUGGGCAAUACCAAAAGCCAUUCAUGCUACCGGUUGUCGUCCUGUUAUAUGCAAUGGCCUUGCCAACUCAAACGUGACCGUGCAAAGGGCUGCUUUGGAGGCGUUGCAUUCUCUCUAUUCCCGGUCAGCAUUCAGCAGCGAGGAAUUCGUCGACCUGGUUGUUCCCAUGUACAGCCCCGAGUUGGUCGACCUCUGCAGACGACUUUUUGAAUGGUCGACAGUGGACGCUGAGGACAUUGACGACGACAAGUACCAGUUUGCCAAGAAAUUCUCCGAGAUGAUCUCGUGUGUUGGAAAUUACCUCGACCGGAAGUACGCCUUCAUACCGCCCCAGGUUGACAUCCAGGACUUCCUGAAGCUUCUGAUAGCGGUGGUGCAGAGUCAGAGCCUCGUUGUUUCCAUUCCCGUGCUCGUGACUUGGACGCGCCUUCUUAACCACCGCUCGCUAGGUCCGGCUAUCGGGAAAACCGACAUGGUUCUGCCACUGUUGGACGUUUGUAGCGCUCGACUGUUGCGUUAUGAGAACCUCCCUGAAGAUACAGAAGAUCCUACGUUUGUUCUUCUCAUGGAGGAUACCGAUACCAUCCCGGAGAGACAUGCUUUUCUGGGUAACUAUAGGCGAUACAGUUGCUCUAUCAUCGAGAGCAUCAUCCAGCUGAGGCUCACGGAUGCUUUCCAGUACAUCUUGAACCAGGCAGAAAAUGCUCUGCAAACUCUGUAUGAGGGCCAGCUACCCCUAAACCCGGCAACCUAUUCCAAAACCUCCAUGCCUGUUCUGAGAGUAGACGCCCAUGCUACGGUCAUUGAGGCAGCCCUCAAAGGCUACGUCAAGUGGAGGGCAAGACAGGGAGAACUUCCUGGAGGGGAGCAGGAAGUUUCGAGUAUCGAGACACAUCUGGAGCAGUGGUGUAGUAGGCUGCUGGAGAUGAAUAUUGAGGACCCUCUUAUCCGUAAACGUAUCCUCCAGCUGCUUGUCGCCUUUUCCACUACGGCUCUUGACACCAAAGCCAACUUCAUGCUGAGGGUGCUCGAGCACAUUCUCAUGACAUGGCCUGCAUUGCAGCCUGAGCACAAGACCUUCAAUGAUGCAAUCCGGGAUCUCCAAACUGAAAGCAUGGUUGAAUUGCAGAGGCUCGCCUCCAAGAUGCCUGAUCAUUUACUGGACGUCUACGACCAGCUUGAGAUUAAGGUCAAGGAGAUGAUCGCCUCCGGAACACUCGAUGAAAAGCGCCAGAUUGCGUAUCGCAGUUUCCUCUUUAUCAUCAUCCACCGGGCAACCCGCAUAGACCAAGAAACGCGGGUCAGGCGUCUUGCUGAAUUUGUCGAGCCUGUCAAAAACCAGUGGAAGGAAGCCCCGUUGCAACAAGCACUCGGCUCAUUCGAGGGAUUCUGCCAGCUUAUUGGUCUAGACAAGGCGCAAAACUACAUUGCACAGCGCCGUGUUCACCAAGUUGGUGAUUGGGGUGCUGCGGACCUUGAUGCCGAAGGGUUGGCGCUCCAAGCCGAACUUGAACAGAGACAAACGUUCCUUCCUUUACGCUCAACCAAGUCAUUUUUGACUUACUCGGUCGAGAAGUUGGAGAAAAACUCCCCCGCUUAUCAAGCGUCUUGCGCUCUGUGGCAGGACGGGUUCCCGAUCAUCUUGCCUGAGCUGCUCAAGUUCUUGAGCUACGCACAUGCGUGCCAUGAUCCGAAGAACUGGUCUUUGCUUCCAGAAGAGAUGCGUCCUGUGGUCAGCCGUCUCCUGACUGACCGUUUCUGGCAAGCCGGUAUUUCCGAAGGCAGCAAAGACGAUUUCUAUGCGCGCGUCCUGGACAAGAAAAACACGCUAGAGGGGCUUGCCUCCACCAUUCGUGGCACUGUGCGCUUCGUCCGCGAGGCAUGCUACGCCGUCAUCUACUGCAUGAGCCGACUUGACGUGCAGUUUUAUGGGUUCACGGAACUUCCUGGGCCCUUGGCAAACGCCCUGUUUGCCGAUUCCUUCAACCUCUCGUCUCAUCAGCUUAUUAAUCUGCUGAACUUGGUGAGGUAUCUCGUUGAUCAUUGUCCUGUGGAGCUAAGGGAUCAUUUCCUACCUCCAAUCCUGGCCGCGUGCUUCCAGCAGAUGGAUUCCAAGAUCAGCAGUGAAUGGGAGAAGCUGGGCCAGAAGCAAACUGUCCAGGUGGCAGACAAUGAUGAAUUAACGGAGGAGAUGAAGGCGGAAAGCAUUCUCAGGCAGCUGACGUAUACAGCAGCCAUUAUGGUGGCUGAAUUCCUUGACCCGGCGAGGACCGGACCACCUAGCAACCUUCCGGCCUCUCCCAACGGCACCACUCCGGAGUCCCGGUAUCCAUCGCUUCGGAGAUUCUGUCUCAUGCAAACGUCGAUCGCCGGCCCCCUUCUCCUCUUCCUUUGCCAUGCGAUUCACAUGCGUGAUACCAGGUGCUGUGGCGUCGUCCUCCGCGUGUUCCGAUCUAUCGUACCGGAGUUCCAGAUCCAGAGUCAGCCUAAGGAGCAAAAGGAACCGUCUCAUCCUUUGCUACCCGAUGAGAACUUCCCUAUUCCCGAUGCUACCAAGGCGGAAAUUCACCAGUUCCUCGGGACCGACGUGAUGAGAGCCGCGAUCUCCUCGAUGAACGAUCCUUAUUUCGUUGACGCCCAGAAGGACCUUGCGACCCUGAUUGCAACGAUCCUUGCUCACUCUUGCGUCGGCGAUGAAUUCUCGGGAGGCAACUCUGCGCCCCGCCAAAUCCUGUGCUCACUGCCGGGUAUCAAGGAACAGGAAGUGGAUAGGACCCUUACUUUCCUGCGACGUCCCGGUACACAUUCGCGCCAACAACGCGCUGUGAUCCUCGAUUUGUUGAGAAACGUCAAGAGUGUAAGCAUUAGUGAGAUGGGCAAGCUCAAGGACCCUAGAGAAGAUGUUGUCAGAAAGGCUCCCAAGAGGAGCAAGAUGGCCCAGAAAUUCAUGACGCCUCAGCAGGGCGUCGAUACUACCGUGACUGGUACUGAACAGGGAACUGGCAAGAGGCAAGCGACUCCUGAUCUGGAAGGAGUCGCCGGGAUGUUCGACGAGGGACACUGAGCGAUGUCAGACCUGCAAGAGCGUACAACGUGUUAGUGGCUUAUCACACUUGCUCCUUUCGACUCAGGCUUUCAGCGCUACGCGGUUAUAUAAUAGCGGCAAUGACACGGCCAAAGCACCAGGAGCACAGUCUCGUGCAUGCUCCCCAAGA